AUGACGAUCAUGGCCACCAAAUUCACCCCGGAGGUGCUCCUCUCCGCGCCACGCCGCAGCGCAGCCUUGCCCAAUUCCGCCGGCACCCUCGCUCUAUUCUCCGUAUCCCAGUACUCUUUCGAGUCACACUCUAGGAGUUACGCUAUCAAGGUCCUGGAUAUCGAGACUCGCCAGUCAACUCAGUUAUUCGAUGACUCGGCUUAUUCCGAGCCCACCUGGAUUUCGGAGAACGAAUUUGUGUUACUGAAGAAUGGAGAAUCUACCACAUCUCUGGUCGUAGCUGAUGCAACCAAGCCUGGAUCGGAUCCUUACGAGAUUACUACAUUUAACACUUCAGUGUCCAAUAUCAAGGCAAAAGACAUCGGUAAUGGCACCGUAGCCUUUGCUUUGACAGCCCCGACCACGCCUUCGGGGGAUAUUCUAGAUCAGACAAACGAGGCCAAGCCUCAGUCAUCAGCCAAGGUCUACACCAGCCUAUUUGUACGCCACUGGGACUCGUACGUAUCCAAGAACAGGCAGGGACUCUUCUACGGAGCGCUGAAGAAAGAGGGUGGAUCGUUCAAGCUGCAGGGUCCGGGCCUAGUAAACGCGCUAGCAGGCACGAGGCUGGAGUGUCCAGUGCCGCCCUUCGGCGACGCCAACGACUACGACAUCGGGAAGGAAGGGAUCGUAUUCGUGUCGAAGGACCCGGACCUGAACCCGGCCCUGUGGACGAAGACGGACCUGUACUAUGUGCCGCUGAAGACCUUCACCGAGGCCAAGGCGCCGCUCCCGCAGGUCGUCAAGACGGGCGAGUUGCAGGGCUACGCGGGCGUCCCCGUCUUCUCGCACGACGGGACCAAGGUCGCGUUCAAGCGCAUGCGGCACCGCCAGUACGAGUCGGACAAGUGGCGGCUCCUGCUGGUCCCCGACGUCAAGGACCUGAGCAACGUGCAGGAGUUCUACAAGACGGACGACGGCGAGGGCGGCUGGGACCUGCGGCCCGAGGGCAUCGUGUGGAGCAACGACGACGAGGAGCUGUACGUCACGGCCGAGCAGCACGGCCGCCAGAUCCUGUUCAAGCUCCCCUCGAGCCCGCUGAAAGCCAAGGAUCUGCCGCAGCCGCUGACGAAGGACGGCGCCGUCGGCGACUUCUACAACCUGUCCAAGGACGACGGCCGUCUCUUCUUCACGUCCACAUCGCUCAUCGACAACUCCGCGUACUCGAUCCUCGACCCCAGCUCGAAGGAACAAGGUCUCGUAUCGUCUAGCUCUAAGGAGGGCAAGUCGUUCGGCCUGACCAGCCGCCAAGUGGACGAGUUCUGGUACAAGGGGGCGGGCGAUUACCAAGUGCACGCCCUGGUGAUGAAGCCGUCAAACUUCGACCCUAACAAGAAAUACCCCUUGGCGUUCCUGAUCCACGGCGGGCCGCAGGGGGCGUGGGGACAGAGUUGGAGCACGAGGUGGAACCCGGCCGUGUUUGCCGAGCAGGGAUACGUUGCUGUGAUGCCGAACCCGACUGGCAGCACCGGAUACGGACAGGCCUUCACUGAUGGGAUUGCUAACGAGUGGGGUGGACGACCCUACAACGAUCUGGUGAACGCCUUCGAGUACAUCAAAGACAAUAUCCCCUACAUCGACACGACCAAUGCCGUGGCCCUAGGUGCCUCGUACGGAGGCUACAUGAUCAACUGGGUCCAAGGCCACCCGCUGGGCCGCAAGUUCAAGGCGCUCGUCUGCCACGACGGCAUCUUCAGCACCAUGAGCAACUGGUCGACCGAGGAGCUCUUCUUCCCCGUCCACGAGAUGGGCGGCGCCCUAUGGGAGAACCGCGAGGGGUACGCGCGCUGGGACCCCGCCGCCUUCGUCGACGAGUGGGCCACGCCCCAGCUCAUCGUUCACAGCGAGCUCGACUAUCGCCUGCCUAUAUCGGAGGGUUUGGCCGCGUUCAACGCGCUCCAGACGCGCGGUGUUCCGAGCCGGUUCCUGAUGUUCCCUGACGAAAACCAUUGGGUUCUGAAACCCGAGAAUUCUCUGGUCUGGCAUAAGGAGGUACUGGGUUGGAUCAACAAGUACACUGGCCUAGACACCGCCGGACUAUCGAACGAUACGGAGAACUUGAGCUUGAAAUGA